CAGGAUAAGGGAGCGGAGACUGAAUGGGUGUGUAUCGCGCGUCUCGAGUUCUCUCCACAGUAAACAUAAGGUUGUCACUCGACUCAGUGGCUCUUUCUGAUUCCAUCUGCUCGUCAAUGAGUUCCAUUGCGGUCACCUAAGGCUUUCUUUGCAGACACAUGUAUGUGCUCCGGCACAUUUCUCUGGCUAUCAGCGCUGCAGCGGCGAUAUUGGGAUCGCUGGUGUUUUUAUCUUGGAAUUACUUCUACAAGAGACGGGUAUGGUCGCCGGGACACCGCUGUGCUGUCACCAGAGAGGUGGAGGAAAGUUGGGAUCAGCAGAUUCUGGUCCUAGGUCUCAAUGGAUCUGGCAAGAGCAGCACUAUGCGGGGUCUUUCAGGCGGUAGGGUGCCUGUUGCCUUUAGCCCUACCCGAGGUUUUAAUGCCAUCAGUGUCAAAGUUGAAGGCUACAAGUUGCACCUCCUAGAAAUUGGUGGCAGUAAGAACCUUCGCACAUAUUGGCCUCAGUACCUGAAGAGAGCCUGUGUCCUGGUAUAUGUUGUGGACUCUACAGACAGAGAGCGCCUUCCACUGGCCAAAGAGGAGCUUCACAGCCUUUUACAAGCUGCUUCUGAGCUGCCUUUGGUAGUUUUGGCCAACAAACAGGAUCUGCCAAAUGCUGUCUCAAUCUCAGAGCUUCAUGAAGCCCUGAUGCUGGACACCGUUGAACAUCAAAGGGAAUGCUUCUUAUUGGCCCUCAACCUGGAUUUGGCAGAGUCUCUGAUGGAUUUAUGGGAGUUGCUGCUGAAGCUGGUGCCUUCUCUACCCAAGGAGCACCCAAACAGCUUAUGCCAUCCAGGCGCCUCAAACUGCCAUCUCCAGAAAUGCACCUGAUGGAGUCAAAGCAGGCCUUAAAAUCGGUGGCUUUUUGAAGCUUUACUGCCACUGAAUCUGUAAGACAGAGAGGGGUGUUCUCUUUGAAGUGUUUAUCCCAGUUUGCUAUUUUGCACAGUAAGCUUUUUUUUUUUUUUUUUUUACAUUCCUAUUUUAUAUAUUCAGCACAUUCAAAGAGUUGUGCUUUUUAUCUUGUGGGUAUACUAAACACUUAUAAAGCAAGCAUCACGCUUUAAACAGAUUAGCAAAAUUGAGUAUGAUGAACCCUGACACAUAUCCUCAUUUUAGUUUCAGUAACUUUAAAUUUGAAGACCUUGUGGUAUCAGAGACAUUUCAAAACAUGAACACUCAGCAUCAAACUACAUUUCACUGUGCCUUUCUCAGCACAUGGUCUGAGUUUUUACUUUAAUUUUGUGUUAGUUCUUUAACUUUUAUUCUGGGUAAGUUGCCCCAGAGAGGCAACUUGCACUGCCAGCAAUAACCUGCUAUUCUUUCUGUACUUUUUCUGCCUUUCUCUCUCCAAUAUUAAUUUUUAUCUAUUGCACCAUGCUUACUUUGUAGAUGUUAAUUUUUUAAUUAAUAUAUUCUGAAAUGGACAGCAUGGUGGCACCAUAAUUGAAAAAUUGAUUCAAAUCUCAGCACAGUCAGUGUCUUUGUGGAUUUUCCUCUUACAUCCCAAAGAAACGCAUGUCUAACACUGGACUGGUGUCAGUGAGGCAAUGCGGGUGUGUGCAUCAGGGUGCCCUGUGGUGGACGGACAUCUCUGCCUUGUUGCUGUGUUGAGUCCAAGAUGGGCUCUGACUCCCUUAUUAAUUUAACCAGACAAGGCAAGUACACAACAUGGAUGGAUGGAUACGUCAGUCUCAUUAUCUGAAAUCUUUUACUGUUGAAGGAUUUGUCAAUAGAUACAUUAAAACCCCUAAUUUAAAAACACACACACACACACACAUAUGUAUAAAAAUAAACAAUACUUGUUUAUGUUUUUUUUCUGUUGCUUUACCGGUUUAUUUAUUUAAGAGUAUGAUUAUAAAUGGAUUACAACCACUAAUUUAAAAUACAUACACAAGGAUAUAUAUCUGUGUAAAAGUAUAAAUGAUGAUUAAACAAGCAUUGUUUAUGUUGCCUGCAGUGGGUUGGCACCCUUCCCAGGAUUGGUUCCUGCCUUGUGCCCUGUGUUGGCUGGGAUUGGCUCCAGCAGACCCCCCGUGACCCUGUGUUCGGAUUCAGCGGGUUGGAAAAUGGAUGGAUGGAUGUUUAUGUAGCUUUUCCUUUUUAUUUCCUUUCAAUUUGAGAGCAAAUUGAUUAAAACCACCUAUUUAAAACACAAGCACACCUAUACUGCUUACUGUAUAUAUUUAAAACAAUACUUGUUUACUGAUUAUUUAUGUUGCUAUUUGUUUUAAAUAUUUAAGGAUGUGACUAUACAUGUGCACAGACACAGAUAUACAGCAUAUCUGUGUAAAUGUAUAUACUAUAUAUUAAAAAACGUGUUUACCCAUUAUUUGUUGCUUUACCUUUUUAUUUGUUAAAGGAUUUGAUUAUAGACUACCACUAAAUUUAACACACACGCUUAUCUGUUUAAAUAUGUACACACACAUAUAAACAAUACAUUUUUACUAAUUUUUUAUGUUGCUUUACCUAUUUAAUUGAUUCCUUUUAAUUAUGUGAUGGCAAAUUUAUUAAAACUACCAAUUUAAACACAUACAUAUUGUAUAUACAGUAUUUUAAACAGCAUUUGUUUACUGAUUAUAUAGGUUCCUUUACCAAUUUGAAUCCCCACUGUAUGUAUGUAAAAUAAACAGCAGGUCACACAGUACAGCAGGUGCUUUACACCAAUUAAUCCACUAGGUGGGGAUGCUAAACUUUAUUUGACCAUUCAUAACAUGUCCUCGUCAGUUCUCUGCUAAAGAGAGCCUAACUUCACAACAAACCACUCAUAAGGACUGGCAGACAAUUCAAAAUUCAUGCUUUGUAGGACUGUGCAUGUGCGAGCCCUGGGAGGAUCUGGCACUCCUUUGGGGACUGGUUCCUGCCUUGUACCCACUGCUGCUGGGAUAGGCUCAGCCCCACUUGUGACUUUACUAUUCUGUUGUGCAAGUUUAAUAAAUGAAUUGGAAAUCCUAAAGAUACUGAAACCUUUAAUGUUACACAAAUAUAUUAGUCUCAUAUAUUUUGUUAGCUCAUGCUAAGAACGGACUCUUGUCAUCUUCAUAGUAGUAGGCAAGGCAACAAUUUUUAUCAACUAUAUUUUUAAUAACAAGUGAUAUUCAGUGCACUGUCCAAGGACAUACUACAGAAUUUGCUGUACCUGUACAAAUGAGAAUAGAUGAUGAGUGAAUAGGCCAACAUAUGCUGUCAUUUCCAGUUCACUUAACAUUUCUAAAAUUGCAGGUCUCCAAAUUGCUACUUCAAAUUGUACUACUUGGUAUUUUUCUAAAUCUAUCUAAGGUCACAUUGUUGAGCUUAUAUUUCAUAACAUCUAUGCAAAACAACUGUCUUACGCAGACACCACUGUACCUAUGGCUAAGAAUUCAUUUUAAAGUAACAGUUGGCUGCACCUAUCAUUUUAAAUACUUGAAUCCCAUCACCUCUCAAUGACCAAUAAGAAGAAUAGAUUUAGUUAAUUCAGUCUUUCCUAAAAUCUCUUAUAGAGAUCGAUUAGACCAAACAUGCACACUACAGUAUAUUCCAGUAUUAAUAUUGUAAUGUGUAUAUGUGCUUUUUCAUGUGUUAUACAGUAUAAGAAUAACCUAUCCCACUCCUAGACGUCCUAUAUAAGCAGGCUUCCCUUAAAGCCUUUGUAAUUGUUUUUGCAUGCUGUCUGAUUGAGGGCAGAAACAGGUCUAUUUGGACUGCCAAGUCUUUCUCAUAAGCCAUAAUUUCUAAAUACAGAGUCCCAGCCACAUCACGUCAUUUUGCUGAAUACUUCUACUUCCUAUAAGUAAGACAUUUACACAUCCUGUAUUUACGUAAAACUUUAUCUGUCCAAUCCUGAAUUUUGUUGGGGCACACGUGCAGUGAUUUUAGACAAUUGUAGGACAUCUAACUGCCCUGGCAACUUUACUCUCACCUACAAAUUUAACUAGCUUCUUAGUUUUUUUUUUAGUCUUCUCCCUACAUCCCCAAAGAUAAAUGUGCAGUUUUGGUGGAAACUCUAAGUCAGUGUGUGCCCGAGUUGGUCCUAUGAUGGCCUUGCCAAUCAUUGCUUCUGAGAUAGGCUCAAGCUCCCACAACCAUGAACCAGAUGAAGUGGGUACUUUAUGUUAUAAAGAGCAGCAGCCUCUGUGGAACAUCAUGUUUGACUUGCAUUAUUUUACAAGUUGUUUUCUGUAAUUAAAUUAUUUUUGCUUCUAUCUGCACACUGGGCCCUGAAACAUUGUCUCUCGAUUGCAAUAAUUAGCUGAUCUUGGGUUGCUUCUUUGCACACUUUUUGAAAGUCAAGCUAAAUCUUUAUCAAUCAGUACAAUUUUUAUUCCACUUUUGCUGGUGAAGGAGGUGGCUACGUGUAACGACUUCAUAUUUUUUAACAAACGCUUAUGUCUAAGCGUAUGUGGAUGGUCUGCCAAUACCUCCACUAGGUCUUAUCAAUGCUUUCAUUACUUUGCCAGGGACACACGUUUACACCUAUCUGGUCUUUAAUUGCUAGGGUUGGCUUGGCCAUCUUUAUGUAUGCAACAAGACUCCAGUCUUCUGUAAUUAGCUCAGCACUAUUAAGUGCUAAAGGCUUGUAAAUAUCGUCAAAGACUUUUUGGAAAACUUGCUAAUUAUUGACUGUUCCACAGGUUUUGUUUUCAACUUCAUUAUUCCCAGUAGCACCUCUAUGUCUUCUGUCCAAAUUGUUCAGCAUGUUCUUUAUACUGGCAUAGAACUAACACAGGUGAAAACAACAAAAAAUAUAUUUUAUUAUUCUUUACAGUUUCCUUUUCUGUCAUGCUAAUAUCCUGCAGCAACAGCACAGGUCCAAUUAAAGAGAAGAUAUUAACACCACACAACAUCUGGCACUGUGCUUUCACUUCUAUGGUAACAAGAAGAUUAUUGUUCAGUAACUGCUAUAAGUCAACAAUACAAAGACUUUCAAGGAUUGUUUAUCCCAUCUAUUCUAAAAUCAAUCCUUAAUAUUUUUAUCUAUAAUAUUUACUGCGCCUACCUGUCUAUUAUAUUUGAAUAUUCCUGUAUGGUGCUCACAGGAGGGCUGGAAGAAAAAAAAAAAAAAAGAAAAACUAAUGCAGCGUGCUUUUUUUAUGUUGCAUUUUUUUUUCAGAUCAGAACCAUCUGUUUAGAUGAGCUCCGCAAAGAACAUACACAGUAUGGCUCUGCAUCAUUUCAUCACAUGUGGGUUGGUGUGUGAAACCUAACCAGCUUCCAAUGUAAAAACAGAAAAUGAUAUUUUUAUGCUUGGUGUAAAACAAGUUAUUUUUCAUUUUGUUCAAAUUUCUUAGACAAACAAUUUGAUGCACACACACUAAAUGUUUACAUAUUAAUACACAAAUUCAUGCAAGGAAUUGCACUGUACUAUUUGAUCACAAUAAAGUAUGAGCAAAAUGAUAUGAAAUUUAUUUAUCUUUUAGACUAUUAGGAGUUAUUUCUACUUAUGCAAAACAAACAAUGCAAGUGAACUGUUUUUACUGUGAAUUACUGUACUGCAAGGAUACCACAGUAUCUAAUCUCAAAUUUGGGCACAAAAUAAAACAAUACAUGCGAAAAAACAAGAUUAGUAUGUGCAGGUUUUUAGAAUUAUUAUCUGAAACAAGGAAAGAAAAAGUAAAAAAAAAAUGAGUUUACUGUGCCUUUUCAAUUACUUAUGUCUACAAUCUUGCAUUAGGGAAAGUGGCAAUGCUUUUUUAAUCCAUACUAGCUUGAAACAUAACCAGCAAUUUACCUGUAAAUGUAUUUUCCAGGCGGCACGGUGGCGCAGUAGGUAGCGCUGCUGCCUCGCAGUUGGGAGACCUGGGGACCUGGGUUCGCUUCCCGGGUCCUCCCUGCAUGGAGUUUGCAUGUUCUCCCCGUGUCUGCGUGGGUUUCCUCCCACAGUCCAAAGACAUGCAGGUUAGGUGGAUUGGUGAUUCUAAAUUGGCCCUAGUGUGUGCUUGGUGUGUGGGUGUGUUUGUGUGUGUCCUGCGGUUUGUUGGCACCCUGCCCGGGAUUGGUUCCCUGCCUUGUGCCCUGUGUUGGCUGGGAUUGGCUCCAGCAGACCCCCGUGACCCUGUGUUCGGAUUCAGCAGGUUGGAAAAUGGAUGGAUGGAUGGAUGGAUGUAUUUUCCAUCUGUAAAACUAAUUUAUCCUAAAAACUAUUUAUAUAUAAAAAAAAUUCAUUAUCAAAUGACACAGUUAGCUUUGUGCUGAUUAAACAGUAACAGAAGAGAUGAACACUCACCAGGAUAGAAUUUUGAAUGGAUUAACUUGAACGUUAUUCUUCUACUUCAGGCAUAAAGAGUCUAUGUAUCCUGUAAGCAUGCCAUACAACACACAGAUCAUAUGAGAAUAUCUGGUAAUUGCACUGUGCUGUUAUCACCUCCUGGAGAACAUUGUCAUAAAUGCUGGCAGAAUCAAAACUUUGUGCUACUUUUCUAAAUGUAAGAUUGCUGUCCAGUAUUACUGUGUUUGUUGAAAUGUAAAUGUGUAAAACUAUUAAAAAAAAGACCAGACUUUGCAAAUUUGUGAUAAGAUGUAUUACUAAACUGAAAAAAAAUGUUGGGAUUAAUAAAGAUUUUAUUUAGAUUGUAAAAA